AGAGCACCAUUGAAGGCACCUGCUCUGGACAAUGAAACUACUUACUUACAUUUUGGUUUAUCGUCGGUUUCUUCUGGUAGUGCUCAGUGUGCUGAUUUUACUACCACUUCCUCUUGUCAUCCGCACAAAGGAAGCAGAAUGUGCCUACGUCCUUUUUGUGGUCGCCAUAUUGUGGAUCACAGAAGCUUUGCCUCUGUCAAUCACAGCUCUACUUCCAGGCCUGUUGUUUCCCCUGUUUGGGAUCAUGCCUUCUACAAAAGUGGCAUCUGCAUAUUUCAAAGAUUUUCACCUGCUGCUAAUUGGAGUCAUCUGUUUAGCAACAUCGAUAGAAAAAUGGAAUUUGCACAAAAGGAUUGCUCUGAGGAUGGUGAUGAUGGUGGGGGUGAAUCCAGUAUGGCUGACGUUGGGGUUCAUGAGCAGUACUGCCUUCUUAUCUAUGUGGCUUAGCAACACCUCUACUGCUGCCAUGGUGAUGCCGAUUGUGGAGGCUGUGGCACAGCAGAUCAUCAGUGCUGAAGCAGAGGUUGAAGCCACGCAGAUGACUUAUUUCAAUGAAUCUGCCACCCAUGGACUGGAAGUUGAUGAAACUGUCAUUGGACAAGAAACAAAUGAAAGGAAAGAGAAAACAAAACAAGUUCCAGGAUUCAGUAAUGAUGCUGAGAAAAGUUCAAGCAAGGUAGAGAUGGAAAAGAAUGCAGUCACAGGAACAAAAUAUCGGUCGAAGAAGGACCACAUGAUGUGCAAACUGAUGUGUUUGUCUAUUGCCUAUUCUUCUACUAUUGGUGGGCUGACAACAAUCACUGGGACCUCUACCAACUUGAUCUUCACUGAGCAUUUCAACACACGCUACCCUGAAUGUCAGUGCCUCAACUUUGGAUCAUGGUUUAUAUUUUCUUUCCCGGCUGCUGUUAUUCUUCUUGUCUUAUCCUGGAUCUGGCUUCAGUGGCUUUUCCUAGGAUUCAAUUUUAAGGAGAUGUUUAAAUGUGGCAAGACCAAAACAUUCAAAGAAAAAGCCUGUGCUGAUGUGAUUAAGCAAGAAUACGAAAAACUUGGACCAAUGAGGUAUCAAGAAAUUGUAACCUUGGUCCUCUUCUUCAUAAUGGCUCUGCUAUGGUUCAGUCGAAAUCCAGGGUUUAUUGCUGGUUGGUCUGAACUUUUUGCACAAUAUCCUGGUUUUGUUACAGAUUCAACUGUUGCCUUAAUUAUAGGACUCCUUUUCUUUCUAAUCCCAGCUAAGAGAUUGACUAAAACUACAUCCACAGGAGAAAUAGUUGCUUUUGAUUACUCUCCACUGAUUACUUGGAAAGAAUUCCAGUCAUUCAUGCCCUGGGAUAUAGCUAUUCUUGUUGGUGGAGGGUUUGCCCUAGCAGAUGGCUGUGAGAUAUCAGGACUGUCUCAGUGGAUAGGAAAUAAACUAUCUCCUCUAGGUUCGUUACCUGUAUGGCUAAUCAUUCUGAUAUCUUCUUUGAUUGUCACAUCUUUAACAGAGGUAGCCAGCAAUCCAGCUACCAUUACCAUCCUUCUCCCAAUCUUAUCUCCAUUGGCUGAAGCCAUUCAUGUGAAUCCUCUUCAGAUUUUACUGCCUUCCACUCUAUGUACUUCCUUUGCAUUCCUUCUGCCAGUAGCAAAUCCACCAAAUGCUAUUGUAUUUUCCUACGGCCAUCUGAGAGUCAUUGACAUGGUUAAAGCUGGACUUGGUGUUAAUAUUUUGGGUGUUGCUGUAGUGAUGCUUGGCAUGUUCACUUGGAUUGCACCUAUGUUCGAUCUCUACACUUAUCCUUCUUGGGCUCCUGUGAUUUCUAAUCAGACCUUGCCAUGACAAGCACAGAGCUUCUGACUUUUUCUUGGUGACCUUUAGGAAUCACUAAGAAAUCACUAUAGGAAAUAGCUGUGUUUUAACUAGCAGCACAUUUAAAUGAGGUAAAGUGCAAAUACUAUGGGUCCAGGCAGCACCCCAAGCCUGCUGUUUUACCAUGAAGUACAUAUUUCGUUUGAGAAGCAACCACAGAAUGUCUGCAAGCCUUUGUGAAGAAGCUCAUGGUUGAGAUUUUCUCCUGGACUGUCUGCAUCUUGUUUCAUCCUAGAAUAAUUUAUACGUUGACCUUCACUUCAUCUAGAGUUGGAGUUCAGUGUAACAUUUCAAGCAUCAAUUUAUUACUUCAGCAAUUUCCCAUAUAACUAAAGACAGAAAAUAAAUGCACAAAGCACUUAGGUUCUUGGGUCAAUCAUUUCUACAAUGUUUAAUGUUCCAGCGAUUUUGAUGAAA